AUGCUCCUCCCGCCGUACCCUUUUCCGCUGGAGCAUGUUUCUUGCUCGGCGCCCGUGUUCGAUGUUUGCUUUCACCCAAAAAGGCAAAUCCUGGCAACUGCGCUCGUGUCCGGAGAAGUCGAAGUUCACGAACUUCCCACCGCCGACGAGGUCAGUGCCCACCUCGAAGCGAGGCACGCUCAGCGCAUGCGUCAACGGGAGAUCGAGCGGGAGCGAAGGCGACAGGAGCGAGAAGAGAGAAGAGAGGCGAAGCGCAGAUUGCAGGCCGAGAAGGGAGAAGAGGAAACACGGGGAGCGGUAAAGACGGAGGACGCAGACAGCGCUGGAGAGAAUGAACCAGAAGACGCUUCGUUCGACUCAGCCGGGAGCAGCUUGUCAGACGCGUCGUCAGAAGACGAUUCGAGCGAUGAAGAAGACAUGAAACGAAAGUUUUUGAGCGAAGAUCUAAAGACUGUCGACACAAAGGUGAUGACCAUGAAAAAACACAAAAAAGGAUGCCGCGCCGUACGCUUCUCCGCCGACGGCUCACGACUGUAUUCUGCAUCAACUGAUGGCCGAUGCAUUAUAAGUGACGCGGAGAGGGGGAGCACCGUAUGGAGGAAUCUGAAACAGAGGGACGCUGUGAACGCUCUGUGCAUCUUAACUCCCCGCGUCUUUGCUGCUGGAGAUGACGGUGGCGCAGUCACGUUGUGGGAUGAUCGACAGGAGAUGCCUGCAGGUCGCAUGAAGGACCACGACGAUUUUGUUUCAGACUUGACUGCAGCGUGGAUCUCGCCUUCCGCCUCGCGUGCGGCUCCUCAGAACCACAGAACGAAGAAGAGAAACGCGGAACGGAGUGAAGACCCUGAAAGCAACUCUCACAGCAUGCCCACACAUCUCCUCGCGACAGGCGGGGACAUGUUGGCCGUCUUCGAUUUGCGAAAAAAAUCGCUUCUUGCCCGCAGCGAUCCUCUCGAGGAAGACCUCCACUGUGUCGAAGUCAUGCGGGACGGGAACAAGGCAGUUUGCGGAUGCCAAGACGGCACCGUCAGCAUCUUCAGUUGGGGCGACUUCGGUGAUUUGAACGACCGGCUGACAGGCCACCCCCAGUCUAUCGAUUCGAUGGUGAAGCUCGACGAGAAUACCCUUAUUACAGGCUGCGCCGACGGCUGUAUCCGAAUGGUCAGCUUGCUACCCAACCAAAUCCUCGGCAUCCUCGGCGAACACGCUACGGGGCACUCGGCAGUCGAGCGUCUCGCCCUCAGUGGGGAUAAAACGCUGCUCGCAAGUUGUUCGUACGACUCCACAGUCUGCGUUUUCCAGCUCGAACGAGGGAAGCAAAUCGAGACCGAGCGCAGCGACGGUUCUCUGCGUCCCACCAAGAAGACCAAGCAGAAGAAAGUUGUUGAUUUGCGGAAAGAUCGGGACUUCUUCGACGAUCUGUGA